CCACCGAAGAUCAGUUGAAUCGAAUUGAAUCGAAUAUUUAAUACCACGGAAAGAGGAGAGGAGCAAUUUUCAAAAGUGAACGAAAAAAAAAAAGGGGGAAAGCAAAGAGAAGAAAAAUAUGAAAUACGGCGUACGCCGAGCAGGCUAAUUUUAGAGCUCCUCUCCGCCGUAAUAAUCGUUAUCGUAAUCAACGGCAUCAUUGUAAUUGGGAUAUACACACCAGCUCUAUAGAAGUGUUGAAAGAGGAUCGGGGAAUCAGCAGCAGUUCUGCGUCAUCGAAUUUGAAAGUUAUACAUACGACGGGUGAUCCGUAGUUCGAGGGUUCACGACAGGCUGAAUAAGUAUAACGUUAAUCCAGUGUUGAACGUCCGUGUCACUCGCGCGUUACUGUAGUCGCGGUUAUGUUACAAAUGAAAAAUGAAUUAAAAUAAAGUUAACAAAUGAAACGAAGUCUGAUUGUGAGUAUAAUUUGUAAUAAAGAAGUAGAGGACAGUUGAGAUAGAAACGAAAAACCAAAAACAAACUUAAUAAAACGAAAAGCCGGAUAGAAAACCGUUCCAACGAAUUGUUCCACGGGUCGCAAGAGGGUUGAAACAAACCGGAAACAAAAACUGAGAAGAAAGUUGAACGACGAAAUAAUUUAAAGAAGAAACAUACCACAGAAUUACGUAGAGUGACGAAUGAAUGAAAAAUAAAGUGAAGUAAAAGUGUGAUCGAAUUUAAAAAAAAAAACAUCCGUGAAUUGAAUAAAACAAUAAGGAACAGAGAAAAAGCAAAAUAAUAAAGAUACGAAAAUACGUGGGGACUCGAUGGACUGUCAAAUAAUUAAUCGUUAUGCACCUCGUUACAUCAAUGAGAAUAAAAUCUUGCAUAGGUAUACAAUGAGAAUGAUGACGAUUAUUAUACAGUUUGAAAAAGAGUAAUAAAACACCGAAAAACAUCCAAACAGAUAAAAAAUAAAAGUGAAUAGAAUAAAUAGAUUAAAUAAAUAAAUUAAAAUAAAUAAAUGAUUGUGAAAUAUGAAUAUAAAAUACAACAAUAAUAUAUAAAUCAAAUAUUUUACUUAUAAAUAUACAUAUAUAUCAUAUGUGUAUUCCAAUAUACGUUAUUAUGUGAGUUCAUCUGCUUAAAUAAUACAUAUAUAUUAUAAAGAUAUUACAUUGAAAUUAUAAUCUUCGAUUAUUGUGUUUGUAAUUGUUCUGAUAAUAAUUAUGACGUUAUCAUUGAUCGUUUAUUAAUAUAUUUAUAAUAAAAUACUGCACAACAAUAUUCGGAAGGAGAAUCGAACGACGAGGAGUAAAAAUCGGAAGGGGCGGAUGAUCUUAACUACGUCCAAAAUUCUUCGCACACAUUCUAUCUUCGGGUAUAAUUAACGAAAGAAGAGAAGGAAAAAGAAAAAGAAGAGAAACGCUUACACGUGACGGGGACAAAAAAACCACCCUGUCAUAUCUCUGUACAAUUUAUCGAUGAUGACAAAUGUGUGAAUAAUUCGAGCACAUAUAUUAAUUAUAAAUAUAUAAAUAAUCGCGAUUCGGUGUUGUUAAAAUUGAAAAUACGAUAAGAUAAAAUAAAAAUAUUAACGAGAGAAUUCAAUUAUUCGGUUUAUCUGUAACAUCGCCAAAAUCAACCGAUAAUUACCGACGAAAAAUACAUAAUCAAAAGUCAAUAUUUAUCAAUAUUUCAUUGAAUUAAUUUCAUUUCAAACACAAGUUUGUUUAAUUUAAACGACGACUACCACACACUGUUCCCUUGUGAUAGCGUGAAAACGAUAAGCCGCAAAAUAAAAUUGAUAAAAAUAAAUUACCAAAUUUUAUGAUUUAUCGAAAAGGUUUUUCAAUCGUUCCGACACCCCCCGUCCGUGCGUGAGUACGAGUGUUUCAUCUCGCGAAAAAGAUGAGAAAUUAGAAAAGGAAAAUGCACAGAAAUAAAUGAAAGAAAAUAACUAUACGUUAAAACGAACAACAACCUGCGCAUCGAAGUGACAAACUCGAACGAACGAUCUCAACUUCAAGUAACCAAAAACCAAAAAAAAAAAGAGAAACAAAAAAACGAAAACCAAAAGCAAGUAUUACGCAAUCAAAUACAUUUUAUAUUCACUUGUAAUCGAUAUAUUAUUAUAUCACUGCACUAUUUCAUUUCACUGUACAAUAUCGUUGUGUACGUGUAUCAUAUGUGUUUUCACAUUAAAAGCCGGAUCGGUAUUUAAUAAAAGAAAAAAGAAAAUCGAAACCAGAGUAAAAGUAUUCACCGAUAAUCGCACCACCUUUUAUAAAUAACGGCUGAGUCGAACAUUGCUCGAAAAACGAUGAAAUAAAUACGAGUAACAUACAAAGAUAAAUAAAAAAAAAAAAACAAAUACUUCGCACGUUUGUUUAACGCUGCACUUUUUUGAGGCACCUGUUGAUAUUCCAUACGAAGAGAUAUGUGUAUAUAUGUAUAGAUAUAUGUAUAUAUUUAUUUCGAUAAUGUCGGUAUAGAAAGGAAAAAAAAAAAAUUAAUAAUUGAAUAUACAUGAUGCAAUAUAUAAAUAUAUAUGAAGAAAUUAUUUUGUAUUUAGAUAACAAAAAAUUGUAAGGAAAACGUUAAGGUUCAAGAAGAAUAGAGAAGAAGAGAAGAAAAUAGAAUAAUCGAAUAAAACAAAUACUAGGUACAUAGAUAGACAAAUUAUUGCAUAUGCAUAUAUUUAGAUAUAUACAUUUAGACGUACAUACAUACAUACCUACAUAUAGUUUAAUACGUAUAUUAUAUUAUUAGCAUUAUUAUUAUCGUUGUUGUUGUUAUUAUUGAUAUUGUUGUUAUGGAUACAUAAACGUAAGCGUACAUUUUUCUAUAUUUUUAAGCACUUUUUGCACAGAAAAAAAAAAUAAAAAACCAAACGAAAAAGAAUUUAAACUUAAAAUAUAAAAAUAAAUUAAAAUAAACAUAAAAAAAUUAAAUUAACAAACUAUAAAAACACAUUCCGCCCAAAAAGAAUGCCUGUAAAAGCAAUGAUUGAUAUAUUCGUAUUUCAAAAUUGUUCUCGUUCAACAAAUUAAUAGAACAAAGUUUAUUUCUACUGCGACGAGCGGAGAACAAGUUUUUAAUUGUAAGAGAAAUAAGAAUAGAAAGAAAGAGAAAAAAAAUUUUGAAACGAAAAAAAAAAAGAACGAACAACAAAAACCUUUGUAAGAGAAAUAACUAAAUAAAGUAACAUGUUAUACAUAAUGAAAAUUAUACGUGAUGAAUAUACUGUAGAUAUUUUACGAGUGAUAAUAGAUUAUUAUAUAGAGUAUAUAUGUAAUAUGAACACAUAGAAGUUUUGAAGUGUCGGUCGAAUUUACUUCUAUUUUCUUUGAUUCGAUAUUUUAUUUAACGUUGCGUACGUAAUAUUUCAAGAUUUAAAAAAGUAAAAAUUGAAAACGCACACGAUCAUCGCACUCACUGCAAACUACACCGGAAAAAAAAAAAUAAUCACACCUCACCAACUUGUAGAAUAAAAAAGAAAAAAGAAAAAAAAAUCACAAAGAACGUCAAAUAACCGAUCAAGAAAAUAAUAAGCGGGCCAUUAAAUAAACUGAAGUUAUAUGAAAUUGAAAAAAAAAAGAGAUCGGAACCGAACCAAAAAAAAUUUAUACAUCUGCACCGCUAAAAGCUAUACUGUGUAUAUAUAGUAUUAUAUGCACUAGAUAUGAAAUAUAAUAAUUUAUUUAUUAUAUACUGUACCUUAUAAAUGUAUAUUUUAACGCACAAAAAAGUAAAUAUUCCGCUGCACCUGCACCGCACCACUUAGAAUAUCUGCACCUCAGCACUUCUGCACCAUUACCCGUGAUAAGAGCAAAAAAAAAAUAAUAUACAUAUUUGGCGAACCCUCCUCAAAAAUAUAUUUCACACGUAUAAAGAAAAUAUAUUACAUUUUAAUUGGUACCUGAUUUCAGGACUAAUCAGAGGCGAGCCACCAAUCGUAUAAGACAAGCAUCUGAAUCUGAAAAACAGAAAAAAAAAAAAAAAAACAAACAAACAAACGAACAAACCGAAGCGAAAAAGCAAAGAAAUUAGAGAACAGAAAAACGAUAGAAAGAGAAAUCUAGGAAACGAAAAAAAAAAAAGGAGGAAAACUGAAAACUAGAGAAGAUCCAAGAAUUCAAAUCAACCGAAAGUGAAAAGUCCGGUGAACUUGAAACAUCCCUCUGUCACGACCGUGUGGACUGAGGUCCGGACGUAACACCUCGACGAAAAAAAGAAAAAAAACCUAAAGUUACAUCUUGAUUUCUCUCGGAAUCUCGACGUUACAAGGAGAUCGGAGAUUCUCAGAGAUAUUGAAAGGCAAGAAAAUUAAGUUCACGACUGAUAACGAGAGAGAAAAGAAUAAACUCAAUCCAAACUUGUAGCAACCAAAAUCCUUGAAAGAAAUAGUGAAAUAGAGAAGUAACUUCGAAAAGCUGACGGUGAUCUACGUAGAAACGAGUAGCUUGUUAUAACUGGCCUAAUUACAAGAAGAAAAAAAUAAUAGUGCGAAAUACUUACUACUCUGUGGUAGUAAACUUGUAAACCUUGUUAGACUGCAGAUUCUAAUAAUAAUAUUAAUAAUAAUAACAAUACUAAUAAUAAUAAUAAUAAUAAUACUAAUAACGACGUAAAUAAAGAAGAACUGUAUAUCGCUGUACGAAGGAGGACUGAUUUUAUAGGAUAUAAGGAACCUAUUAUACUUAUAUGAGACGAAGAAAAAUAGCGAAAAAAAGAGAAUACCAAAAAGCAAGAACGUAUAACAAGGGAAUAAAUUAAGCGAAUGAAUAAACAAAUGAAUAAAUGAACAAACAAAUAAAUGAAUCUAUAAAUAAAUAAGAGGACAAAAUAAUCACGAAGUUUUGAAUCUCGAAUCAACGCAGGGAGGAGAUAAAAUUGAACGAACAAAGAAACAAAUAAACCGACAAACAAACCAACAAUAGUAAAAAUGACAAGUAGAACACUUUGGUUCUUCAGUUAUCUAGGUGUGGGCUUAGCCCUUGCGGCAGGUAAUCGUUUGGACAAUGGAUCCGAUAGUGGAGGGGGAGGAAGUGGGGGUGGAGGCGGUGGAGGAGGAGGAGGAGGAGGAGGAGGAGGAGGAGGCGGUAGUGGAGUUGAUGACAAAAAUCAGGAUCAAGGUGAAAAUCGUGUUCCCGUAUUAGUUAGUCGUGGUGGUGAUAAAGAAAUAGAAAUAAAUGAAAAUCGUUUAAAAACAAAUCUACACCAAUUUCAUCAUCUGAGGGCACAUCAAGAUUAUGGAUCACGUAGUCGGUCUCUACCCACGAUAGACGAUGAUUGGUUGAUGUACGACGAGGAACCUUUCACGAUCAACAAUAACAAUAAUUACAAUAAUAUUAAUAAUAUUAAUAAUAAUCAUAAUAAACGACCCCCUCCAGUAUUAUCCCAAAUUUCAGGUGCAGGUUUUAGGGGAUUAUUAAACGUUAACGAUCAAAAUAAUGAUAUUAAUAAUUAUAAUUUAAAUAAGAAUGUUAUGAAUAAUAAUAUUAAUAAUAAUAUCAAAAAUAAUCGUCAGACUCGUAGGUACAGAAAUAUCAUUUUCGACGAUCUGAGUAACGAUGUUAAUAACAAUAUUAACAACAAUCAUCUACCGAUGAUUUUAAAUCAUCGUGGUGCAGGUACCAACUCGAUUAAAAUACCUAUGGAAAAAUUACCCUACGUGGAAUACGAAGAGGCCUUCUUCCGCCAUCAGCAGCAACAACAACAACAACAACAACAACAAUUACAACAACGUAACAACAACAAGAAAAUUAUUAACAACAACAACAUCGUCAACGGCAGAAAACGACCCGGUUUAUCGGUAGGUCCGUUGGGUGGAUUUAAAAAAUCUAAAAAAGUCGUCGGUCUACCGCCGUUGGUUUACGGCGGUACGGAAGAAGAAACUCCACCGGGUCAAUCGGAUCAAGCUUCGUCCGGAGGUCCGUUGCAGUUUGGAUCCGAUAGAUCGUUGAACCUCGAUGAUUUAUUCGACAAAAAUUCGGCGGCGAGAAGUACGUCGUCCGGAAUUGAAUCGUUCGACAACAUCGGCGGUCUUCCGUUCGAACCGCCCGAUCAUUCGCCGCACAAGCCGCAGGGAGGUGGCAUCGGAUUGAGUCCACUUUUAUUCGACACCGAAAAACCACCCGGCAAACGAACCGGCUCCAAUCUGAUCGGAGGAUCCCAAUCCGGCAACAACAGACAACAACAUUCUUCUAACGACGGACAACAACAACAACAACAACAAAUUUCCUCGCCUCCCGGCAGCGCCGCUAUUGCCUCGCAAUUCAUGCUGAGAUCUGCACGGGGGAAUAGACAGUACGACGUACCACAAAUCGAGUGUCCAUCUUCGGAGGACGGAAUGGAAAGAUUCGCGUGUCCAACUCCUGACCGUAUGGGAAGAUAUCGUUGCAUAGACGAUCACGUGUUGUGCGACGGUUUUAUAGACUGUCCGACAGGCGAGGACGAGGACAGACAAGCCUGCAUGUUCUACAAAACGACAAAAGCACAUCUCGACGUAUUAGCGGACGCACUCUUACGGUGGGCAAGAGGACGCUAAUAUAUUACGAUAAUUAUAAUAAUAACAAUAAUAAUAAUGUUAAAAUAAAUCCGAAUCUACCGAUGAUAAAUCAUAGAAAACUAUACCGAUUGAUUACCAACCACGUUAUCACACGCGACUACAUAGCUACAUUUGUUCACACGGAUAUAUGUAUAUGUAUAUAUAUAUAUACAUAUACAUAUAUAUUCUAUAAAAACAACAAUGACAUAAAACUAUAGCAACAUAAACAAUUUAACAACAACAAUAACAAAAGAUAAUUGGUAAAUUUGACAAAUCAUCAGCUCUCCUAAUAUCGGAAAAGAAUGUUACCUAUUUAUUUAUUUAUUUAUUUAAUUAAUUGAUUAAUUCAUUCACUUUCUUAACCGAGGAAACGAUGAGAUGUACAACCCCUUAUUCCUAACCAGCGAAUGGUCGUUUGAUACACCCUCUCCUCCUCUCCAUCGCCCUUUUUAGCAAAUUUUUCCUCGCCCACGUUUGAGAAAGACAAGUAAAGAAUAGGAAAUAGGGAAAUGAAUAAACAAUCAUAAAGGACUAAUAAACUUUGUGAAUCUCAAAAGCUUCCGAGGCAGCCUUUGAAUUAAUUUUAUGUUACAUACAUAUAUGUAGAUACACUGCGUAAUAUAUUACAUGGAUAUACUAUAUGGACAAUAUGUGAAUAACGUAUAAUUAUACAUCUUUUAAAACAAAUUGUAUUUAUACGUUAUUAUACAUUCCAAUCGAAUAGAUAUCCAUUUGCAUAACAAAAUUCACAACUUAUACAAGGACAAAGAAAUGGCGUAGGUUCGUUCGCUGUCGAGUGGAAACAGUUCGGAAAACAUAAAGAUAAAACAAAAGGGAACCAACUGCGUCAAGCAUCCAUAUCUAAUGAUAAUUAUAUGGGGGCGAUUGAAAAUUUACCAACGAUACGUGGGCUUAAAAAUUGAAUACGUAAUAAGACGUGACCAGAAGAAAGAAUCGCAUUACGAUUGAAUUGAAUCUAUCGAGAUAUGAUAUAAACUUGUAGCAAUCGUAACCGCAGACCUACGCCAAAAUCUGAAAAACUAAAGCAGAGAGUGAAAGAAGUGAAAGAAGAUCUGAAUAUACUGUAUCUAUGUAAUAUAUAAUAUAAAUAUACAGACACACACGUAUAUAAUAUACUUACACAUAAUUAAUGCAACGUAUAUUAAUUACCGACGGACGGUUCUUCCAAAAAGCAAAGAAAGAAAGAAAGAAAGAAAGAAAGAGACAAUGAAUUGAAGGAGAAAAGAAAAGGAUAACCGAGAAACAAAUAGAAAAUGAAGAAGAAAAAUGUGAAAACAAAAAAAAUAAGACAAAAUAGUUAUUUUUCUAUGUAUUUCCCUUAAUUAAUCGUCGUUGCGGGCGUUUUACGACCUCGAGAAUUGAUAAGAAAUAAUUAAAAAAAAAAAAAAAAAACUAACUAAAAACUGAAAAAGCAAACAACAUCAACCACAAUACAAAAGGAACAAAAUCUAAUGUCAAACUGAUCUACGUGUAGAGGCUCUUUAUUAAUUAUACUGACCCCUUGCUCACUUCUUUGAACUAUUAUAUCUAUAUUUAUAAAAUAUAAUGCGUAUUACACACUUUGCGUACUUCCCUUUUUACCUUUCACUUUCCUUUUACCCUCCUCUCCUCUCUCCCGGACCUUCUUCCUCCGCCACACACACGCACAUACACACACACACUAAAUGUUCUCGAAUCUUUGCGAAUCUGCAAAAAGUUUAUAAAGAAAUUGAAAAAAGAAAAAAUAACAAAAAACAACGUAAUAUUAAUGACUAUACCGAUAACGUUAGUAAUAAUGAUAAUAAUGACGCUAAUUCUGAGUUUAAUUUUAAUCAUAACGUUAUUCUAAGGAUAUUAAUAAUAUAACAACUAAGAAGCAUACUGUAUAGGUAAUGAUAAUAAUAACAAUAGUCAUGAAAAAAAUAAUAAUAAUAAUAAUAACAAUAGGAAUAUGUUACAGUGAUGACAACACAGAAAAAGAGAGCAGGCGGAAAUAGAGAGAAAUUUUUUCACGUUUAGUUUCGUAUAAUCUGUUAAUUUUUUGGUCCUUGUAAAUUUUCUCAUGGGUACGUGUAAUUACUUACAACGGUCAUGAUGAUGAUUCAUCGUGGAAAAAAAAGAAAGAAAUUUUCAGUGAUGGUAGAAUAAAUACAAUAAAGCAUCAGAAAUUAUUAUUGGUAUUGAUAAAAUCGAAACGGACAUAGAGAAACAAAAAUUGAGUGAAACAGAACAAAAAAAAAAAUUGUCAAGUUGAAUAUUAUUUAUCAAACAAUGAGGAAACGAUCGAGAAUAAGUUUAAGAUAAAAACUAUAAAAGCAAAAAAAUAAAACAACUAAAUUAAUGAGCAUCGCGUCGUAACGACGGAUCAUUUAUAAUAGGUAAAACAAAAUGAAUGAAAACUGAAAAAAAAAACCUCUUUCCAUGUUAAUAUGAUACUAAUACUUGAUGAGAGACAGGAUUAGUAUGGAAUUAUUGUCGAAAAAAAUUCGAUAAAUGACUUAAUCAAUACAUUUCUAGAUAUUAGGUUAGGGGCGGUAAAUUCACUUACAAAUCAAUUUAUUCAUCAGUUUAUUUAUUACAUGAAAUAUAAUUUGCUUAGGACACAGCGAGAGUUCAAGUGAGAAAUAUUGAACGUGGAAAUUAUAGCGCGAAUCGAUUCAAAUCAUAUGAUUUCACGAAUAAGAAGUUCCAAUAUUUUAAUACAAAAUAUAUUAAACAUUAUCUCAAAUCAUUGUCAUUACGUCGCUAUCGCCAUCACCAUGAUCUAGUAUUAAUCAUCAUCGUAACCGACGUCGUCAUCGACACACAAAUAUUAUUAGAAUAAUCAUCUCCAUCAAUAAUAAUAAUGAUGAUAACAAAGAUUGAAGAGAAAUAAAUAAAUUAAUAAUAAUGAUAAUAAUAAUAAUAAUAUCGUUGUCGUUGUUCUUGAAGUUGUUAUUCCACUUAUUGUUGUUGUUAUUGUUCUUGUUCUUUGUAUAUUCUUGUUGUUCAAAUUAUUAUAAAUACACUAUAUAUUUAUACAUAUAUAUAUGUAUAUAUAUAUUAUAUGUAUACGAUAAACGGAAUGUCUCUGAAGAUUGUCGAUGUAAAUUUCUUUAAAAUUUUGCAUUACAAUAAUCGUUUCGAGCCUUGAGAAAAAAAAAAAAUAUUAAUAAAAAGAAAAUUGUUCUAUGCGCAUCGUACGUACGUGUACGCAUAUUAUAUUCAAUUACAUGUUAGAAGGCAAAUCACAAAAAGAGAGAAAGAGAAAAAAAUCGACAGAAAAUUAAACAAACAUAAAAUGCCACUAAGAAGGUUUCUAUAUAGUAUUAUAUUAUCUUAUAUGUGAAUGUAUAUAUAUAUAUAUAUACAUAAGUAUGUAUGUAUAUAUUUAAAUAUAUCUAUUAAUCUGCAGUCACUCGAAAGUAUCUGACAUUUAUUAAAAGAAAAGAGAUGAAAAAAAAUUUGAAAGAAACAAAAAAAAAAAAUUAACAAAUUAAAUGACAUUACAUAAAUUAAAAAAAAAAAAAAAUCCGUAACCAAAAAAAUAAUAAUAAUUUUUUCAAUUGUAAUAUUACGGAUACAUUAUGUGUACCACGUAUUGUUAUUAUUAUUACUAUUAUUAUUCGGAUUAUUCUGAUCAUUAUCCAUUUGACAUAAAUUUUAUAUUACGUUUCAGUACCUAUUUUUGAUCAUCAUUAUUGUCAUUACGUAUUGUUAUUUAUUAUCAGAUAUAAUUAUUAUAUCAUAUAAUCAUAAUUAUAAUUUUGAACGCGAAUCAAUAAUGAAUGGAAAACGAUACAGAGAGAAAAAUAAGGAGAGUGAGAGAGAGAGAAAGAGAAAAUGAAAGGGAGUGAGAGAAUUUAGAAAAUCAUAUUAUGAAACGACAAGGUAAUUGUGAGAUCGAAAUCAAUUGAUGAAUAUUGAUGCGAAAUCAUACGUACAUACCGGAAUCGAGUGGGUUUAAAAAUAGGUAAUCGAUUGAAUUGACUGUCCGCGUCACCAGCAGUGACCAGUCUGCAUGCGAUCAUCAUAAUGGCGGCUGUCGAUACAAAGAAAAAACGAAGGAGAAAAAAAUUCAGAGAAAAAAAAACCAAAAAAAAAACAUGAAAAUCCAAAAAAAAAUAAUAACGAUAAUCCUAAAAAAUACAAAAUAUCGAAAAGAACAAAAAAAAUUAAAUUGCUUAAUAGUGCUGAAUAUCGCCUAUAAUAUAUCUGUACAUCAUAUAUAGCUAUAUGAAAAUUAUCAUCGUGUUAUUAGAAUAUUGUCGAUGUUCGUGUUCAUAGUAUACAUAAAUAUACUCUGCAUAUACGUGUAUACUGAAAAUAUACCUAUAUACCAUAUGAGAAAAGUAAAAAGGAAAAGAGAAAGAAAAAGGACAAAAAAAAACAAUCUGUUAAAUAAAUCUAAUUGUAUCGUAUUUAUCAUACGAAUUCUUAUAAAUAUAUAUUAUAUGUGUUUGUAAGUGGAACUUUUCAUGACGACGGUCGCCAUCAUAUAUGAAUGUGUAACACUACCUAUAUACUAUAAUAUAUUUAAAAAUCAUGAUUACAUGAAUUGAAAAAAAAAAUAAAUAAAUAAUUGAAUUAAAAUAACGGUUAUCGCAUUGCAAGAUGUUGGGUGUUACUGAACUGGUGACACUGACGUCGUGGUUGAAAUGAGGAAAAAAAAAAAACAAAAACCAAAUUCACUCGUUCGGAGGAAAAUUUCAUAAUUAUAUGUGUAAUAUUGGCAAUGAUGAUGAAAUACGUCCGCACAAUGGUUGCCGUAUACAUAGCGAGAUUGUUGUAUGAAUGGCAGAAAUUUGUCUAUACAAUUCAAGCCAUGAACGUUGUCAUUGUUCACUUAUUUGAAACGUGAAUUGAGAGGAAAAAAAAACAACAGAACAAUCACACGUCAAAUAAGUAGACAAUACAAGAAUACGAAGAUGACGUGUUGCCAUAAAGGUUUCAUGCAUUAUAUAUACGUAUAUUAUAGUUAAUAGAUAUUUAACAUUAUUAUUGUAAAACUACGUAAAAUGCCGUUAGGUCCAGGAGGCUGGGCCGAAGGAUGUGCCGUUCGGCGAAUCAUUUGGAGUGUUACUAAAUUUUCAAAAGGGAAACAAAAAAUCAGACAAAAUUUUAGCACGAAUAUUAUUAUUCCUAAAGUUAUGAAGUCCGGGCGAUGGGGUGGGCCAAUUAUAAUAUGUGCCCCAACCAUCCUGAGCCACCCGGUUCUGAAAACUGGCGGAAGAAAAUAUGGUUAAUAUAUGAAGAAAUACUUUGAGAGAAGGAUGAAAAAAUCGUUGAAAUCGAUCGACGAAUAAACAGCGUACUGUAUAAUUGGUAAUAAAUUGGUAAAUUCUUUCGGCAUUGGAUAAAAUUUAAAGAGAACCAACCGGAGUGGUGGGUCAGGUUCUUGGGAAUUGAUCAACGAACGAAAAACCUCCCAGUGAAAUAAGCUGCGUCACGAUAUUCUCGGUACCAUGGAACUCUAACGGCUACCGAUUAUGGAAACACGUCAAAAAUCAGGAGACGACGACGAGGAUGGGAAGAACAUAAAUUGUAUAUGAUUCGAAAUUAUAGGUGCAUGAUCGUUGAUCUGGAGUGAAACAACAAAAGUGAAAACUAAAAUGAACGGAAGAGGAAGCGAGACUACAACUAUUAGGGGAUGAAAAUGACGGAAUUAUCACAUUCUCCUUUCAUAAUUGAUUCGCUAUUAAUGAUGAUUAAUUUUCUAUUCCAAAUAAGAUAGAAAUAAUUGAAUAUUCUUCAUUUCUAAAUUGAAAUUCAGCAGUAAAUACAUGGGCGAAAUUCUUCUUUUUUUCAAACGUUUUCUUUUUUCCCCUAGAUGGAGAUCGGAUGAGAUAGCGAAAAUGAUAAUAGAUAGGGGGUAGUUUUAAUUAUAGUAUUGCAAUAUGUACAUACAUAAAAGGUGACGUUGCGUUACAAAAAAGCGAAAGUAUAUUAAAAAUGAUGUGAGAAAAAUAGUGACACGUACCACCAAAGUAGAAAAAAUAAUUGAAAAAAAAAACUGAACAAAAGGCAAAAGAUGAAUAUAACCUGAGAAAGAAAUAAAAUAGAAACAGAAUAGUUUAAAAAGAAUAAUGAUCAAUCUCAGAAUGACAGCAUAAUAUAUAAGGAUAAAAAAAUUAUUCCAAACCAAACUUUACAAAAGUCUGAAUUCAUAUAUAAUAAUUACAUAUUUCACCGGUAUGUAAUUAUAUUAUUAUAUAAUAUACUAGAUAGAAAUCCUUGGUCAGAAAUAUAUAGUUCCCAACCCCUGAAUUCGAUAUUAUAAUUAUAUCAUCGUCAUCAUAUUAUAAUUCAUACGAUUAAUUAAUCAUAUAACAAUCGUAAAAAAUUUCAGCAUUCAAAAGGCAGAAAAGUAAAAGAAAAACAAAAAGAAAGAAAAACAAAAAACAAAAAAACGAACAAUUCAUUCCCUUGAUUGAUUGACAGACAUGAUAUAUUUAUAAUGUAUUGAUAAUAAUGAUAAUUAUAUUUAUUAAAACUGACAAUGAGAAGAAAAAAGUAUAUAUAUAUAUAAAUAUGUAUAUAUAUAUACAUAUACAUAUAUAUGUAUAUAAUAUUAUAUUAAACCUACUCUCGUAUCCGUUCCCCAACCCCUCUCCACAAUUAUCCCCUUACCCUAUGAUAUGACGAUAGGAAAAAAAUUAAUAAUAAUACUAAUAAUAAUAAUAAAUAGUUUGAAAAAUAAAUAAACAAAUAAUAAGAAUAAUAAUAAUAAUAGUAAUAAUAUAUUAUACACCGAUGCAACUCAAAGGUUCGAUAAUUGUAUUAUACUUAAAUAAGACUGCCGAGUAUUUAGAAAACAAACAAAAAUUAACAAACCGAAACACAAACAAAGAGGAAAAAAAAAACAAGAACAAAACCAGAAGUAAUGAAUGAAAAAAAUAAAAAGAUUGGAAAUAAACGCUCGUAAUUUCAUUUGCUUUCUGAUUCGUGAAUAUAAUCGGUAUAUACUAAAUAAAUUACCUAAAGAAAGAAAUAAGCAAAAUGUGUUAUCUAUAUGUAUGAUAUGUAUAUAUAUACACACAAAACAAAAUCCACAGUUACCACUACCACUAUGAAUUUCCAAUACAUUAUACAUACACAUAUACAUACAUACAUAGUACGUAAAUGUAUUCAUAUAACAAACUAAUUUCCCCGAUGACCCCUUUUAUUUGUUUAUUCAUUCAGUAAUCUGUUCGGUAACAUGCACGAUUCUUACCUCAAUUUUAAUUGUUGCAGAACAGACCUCGAAUUACAUAAAUUAUUAUAUAUAGAUAUACAUAUACGUAUAUAUAUUCGAUAAAUCGAUAUUACAUCAUUGCAAUAAAAGACGACCUGUUGAAUAAUAAAUUUAAGCACCGCGCUGUCGUCGACGUCGUACAAAAAACCGAAACAAAAAUGAAAAAAAUUAAUAGCAAAACAAAGCGAAAAUAAAAAAUAAAUAAAGGAAACAAGAAGUAAUCAACAAACAAAUACACACAACGCGUCAUAUGCAAUCAUUAUUGAAAUUCCUAUAAUUAACGAAACGAGAGAAAAAGAAAAAAAAAACAAGAAGUGAUAAGUCGCAAAAAAGAAUUAAAUAAAAUUUCAUUUCCCUGAAACUUAUACCUAUAUAUAUGCAUAUAAUUAUAUACCUACGCCUACUUUACAUUACCUAUAAAUUAUCAUACGGUUCUUCGAUUCCUAUUAUAUUAUACGUAUGCUAUAUACUAUAUAUAUGAUAACACUUCGGAGCCAAUCAUUUAUAUCCUUCUAAUUAAAUACCUACAGGUAUACGUCGUACAUCUAUAUAUGUAUGUACGUGUGUAUGUACGUGUGUAUGUGUGUAUGUACAAUGAUAUUACAAAAUUUAAAAGCGAACUCAAGCAGUUUUCUAUGUAUAUGCACUAUAUUAUAUUAAUACCUGUGUAAAGAGAACUUCUUCUAAUUUUAUCGCCAUAUUGAUCUCUGUGUGACCCAAGAAUAACGUGUGUAAAUAAGAAGAGAGAGACAGAAAAAAAGCAAAAGAAAAAUCAACGUGUACAAACCCAAAUAAUUAACAUAAUGAAUGAAUAUACGUCAGAGGCCCUUUCCCUCUUUUUUCUCUUCCUUCCCCUUCACCUCGGCUCCAUCCACCUGCACUUCUGUCCAAAAAUGUAUCUAUGAUUUUGAAAAAAUUAAAUAAAAAAAACAGUGUACACAUACCAUACGUACGCAUAUUACGUUUGUAAAAAACAAAUAAAGAAAAGAAGAUUAAUCGUACAAUAUUAUGUUACAAUAAUAGUGAUAAUAACGAUUGUUGGAUAUUAUUAUAUAAUAAUGAGAAUUGUACGUACUAUAAUUAACAUGCAAACGAUAAUGAGAUUAGCUAAUAAUAAUUUAAACAUCAAGAAAGAAGAACAAGAACAAAAACAAAUAACCAUAUAAUCGAAUGGAUCUCGAUAAUCAUUGAUAAUGUUGUUAUUAUUAUUGUUAUUAUUGUUAUAAAGUGCGCUGAUUGCAUGAGAGGAGAGGCGAGGAGGAGUGGGAGGAGGAGGAGGAGAUCGUUGGAGAGUUAUAACCGGGUAGAAGUGGAGAAGAGAUUAAAAAUUUAUUGCAAUCAACUGAAAAUUAGAAACGGACUAACACAAAAGGAAUAUUAAAAAAGAAAGAAGGGUGGGGAGAAAACUUGAAUAUCUAUGCAUGAUUAUAUCAGGAAUGGAUAGUGAAAUUGAAGAUCUAUAUUUAUAUACAUAUGCAUACCUAUAAGUUAUAUAUGUAUAUACAUGCUAUGUGUAUAUAGGUAUGUCGAAAUAUCGAUUACGCGAAAUAUUAAUAUAUAUCCCUAUAAAUAUACGAAUGGGGUUAAUUAUGUCGGAUGAAUUACUAAUAUUGUACUAACUACCUACCCCUGGAGCGCAGCGACUGCCCUCGCCAAGAAUCCGCUUUUGAUGGCGGUUAAAAAAUUAUUAAUUAUUAUUAUACAUUACAUACAUAACAUAAUCAAAUUGGCAAAUUUUCAAAUAUCCUGCAGACAUUAUCUUAUGUAAUAAUUAUAAUAAAAAAUAAUAAUUAUUACGAUAAUUAAUAAAAAAUAAUAUUCCAAAAAUAUUAAUAAAUUAAUAUCUAUUAAAAAUAACGAUGAUGAUAAUAAUAAUAAUAUUAACAGUAAUAUUAUUAUUGAUAAUAAUAAUAAUCAUGACAAAAAUAUUAACAGUAAUUAAAUUUCCGAAACUGUUGAAUGUUUCGAUCGAUAAUUCCAAAGAACAAAUAGGUAAUUCGAAACCCAAUUAAUUGACGCUAAAAAGAAAAGAAAACACACACACACACAUUUAAAUAUAGAUGUAUUUGAUACAUGUACCUAUAGUAUGUAUAUGUAUAUUUUAUAUAUGAAUAAGUAUUCAAUUAAACUCUUUCUUUAUACACACACGUAAUACUAAAUAUUGUAUCUGGAUCGCGUACUUGCGUGUUGUGUGUGUGUUAUGUUUUGUGUGUUGCGCGUGUGUGGCUAACUUGAAGCGUAUAAUCUGCGAAUAGAAAGAUCAUACUUAUAGGUACGGUACCUACGCAGGUGAACAAGAAAAGCAAAAUUACGCAAUACGAAAUCUAAAUUUGAGAGAAAAGUAUGCAAUAUCUCGAAGGAAGAUAAAAGGAAACAAAGUCUAAAGAGAAUAAAACAAAAUUAACACUUGAAACAAUUACGAAGAGAAAACUGAACGGAUAAAAAAAAAAUAAUGCGAUGCAUAUACGAUAAAUUACAUGAUUAUACAAAAAAAAAAAAUCAUUACUUAUUAUGUGUAUAUUUUACUAUAAAAGUAAAUGAUAAUAAAAUUUAUAUAUGUACGUACAUACCUAUAUACAUGUAUACGUAUGUUACACAGGGAAAAAACGAAAACGAAAACGUAGACCAGAUGAAAUAGAUUGGAAAAAUUCUGUGAAAAAAUUGUCAUCGUAGUUCAUACGUAUCACCGAAUUUUUGUCAAUCUAUCCCUUCAUUAUAUAACGAUUUAUUAUCUACGUGCGUGUAUACUACUCGUAUGCAUUUGUUACAUGUAUAUAAUAAAUUGGGGAGAAAGAAAAAACACGAUUAAACGACAAACGAAAAAACAGAAAUCGAAUUAUAAUAAAAAGACGAAAGAAGAAAACAAAAAUUUACCCAACUACCCACUUAUACUAUGACAAAUACAAUCUGGUAGCAUAUACGUAAUAUGUAUGCACUGUAAAUGAUGAUGAUACGAUGCAACUUCAAGUGCAAGUGCCGCCAGAUUGAGAAAAACCAAGGAAAAGAAAAAAUAACGAUAAGAAUUACGAAUGGAUUAUAUUGUGUAUAAUAGGGGUGGAAUAAUACGACGAAACCCUAGAAGAAAAAUCGAAAACACCUGAAAUAUACUGAUUUCAAUGAAUAAUAAUUGAUAAAAGAAAAACAAA